AUGCGGCAACAGGAAUUGGGAAAAAGGGGACUUGAUUUAGAGACUGCGGGAGCCCUCCAACCAAAGAGGUUCCGCUCGCAGAGAGCGAGUGAUUUGCCAAGGAAAGCGAUCCUCCCAAUAUUCGGGCCUUCAGGGCUUCUGGAAUUAGAAUCGCAUAGCAAGAAGGGCAUUCAGCUUCAGCAUGUUGAACCUCAUGACUCAAUUUCUCCGAAUGCAUAUUUCGAGAAAUACAAAAUACCCAUUAGGAAGCAAACACACUUUCAAGCGCUGUUAUACAGUGAAAAGGACGAAGCCUAUCAUGAAAAGUUUGAUCUUCUCGAGCGCAGUAAUUAUCUGGUAGGAAGGCGUGUCAGGGAAGAUCCUGAAAGCGAAGAUGAACAAGAAAACAAAGAGACAGUACUUGCUGACAUUCCAAUAAGGGAGGAGACUUGUUCAAAACAGCACUGCGUCAUCCAAUUUAGAGAGCGGGAGGGCAUACUUAAGGCAUAUGUUAUAGAUCUAGACUCAUCCAACGGAACCCUUUUGAACGAUGUUGCUCUCCCCCGUGCACGCUAUGUGGAGCUCAAAAACGAAGAUGUCCUCAAAUUUUCCGCUGAUGAAUCCGACACUUGCUACUUUCUAAUAUUCGUUGCGGCAUAA